AUAUCAGGCGCCGGGCGGCAGGACCGAGCGAAGCCAGAGGUGAGCCGGGAAGCGCCGUGAUCGCUGUCAGGGAGCGCGCCCGCUUGCCAUCGCCGCCUCCUCCUCCAUACAUCCCCGCGCCGCCGCCCGCGUCCCCGCCCGCCGCCGCGAGAAGCAGCCCGGCCGCCUGAGGAUGUCUUUCCCUGUGGAUAAGUUGAACAGCUACAGUCAUGAGGACUUGGAGAACUCAGCAGAGGAAUACUUGGCUGACCUUCGGUGUAGGAGUCCAAACUGUCUUGAAUUCUUAUCUCUGCCAGACCGCAGGAAAAUUCCUAUUAGGUUGACAACUGUGGGCUUCGUUCCUCUUUAUGGUGAAGAACAGACACACAAACUUCUUGCCUUGUUUGCACCAGGAGACUUGCUCACAGCUGUAGCCCUGUAUCUUGCUGGCCAGUGGUGGUCAAUUGAUGACAUUGUGAGAACAUCUAUCCCUGCUAGACAGGGGCUUCAUCAGGUGAAAUCCGUUGGAGAGAGGAUUGUUCUCUAUGUUCUGAAUCGAAUUAUCUAUCGGACACAAGAAAUGGGAAGCAAUGAGAUCCCAUUUCUCUGUCAUGGUAGCAAUGACUACGCUAAGAUCUUGUGGAAAAAAGGAGAGGCUAUUGGCUUCUAUUCUGUUAAACCUAAAGGAAGUGUUUGCAGCACUUAUCGCAGUCAGACUUACUGUCUGCCAGUGCUAGACACAAUAUUUGUGAGAAAGAAGCAUCGUGGGAAAGACUCUGGGCUAAUCAUAUUGGAAGACUUUGUGAAAUCCUUUACUGAAGGCCCUCUCGGUUUGCGAUACCCGCUGUCGUCCUUCACAUACACAGCUUGUAAGCAAUAUCUUGAGAAGUACCCUGGGGAUCAUAAACUUUUGUGGGAAGUGGAGGGACCAGGAUGUUGGUUCCAGAGAUCAAAUAUUAUGGCUAUGCUGCAAAAUGAAAAGAAGCUCAAAAUGGAAGCAGAAGCCUUACAGGAAGAAGAGAGUUCCCAAGCAGACAGUAAUUUUCAGCAGUCUGCAGCAGUAUCUGAAGCUAGUGGACAGAAGACUGAUCUAGAAACACAGCCAAGUGCUGCAUCUCAAAGUAAAGAAUCAACAGAGGUUGAUGCAAGCACAUCUGAAGACCCAGAUGCAGCUCCUGUUCCCAUCUGGACACGAAGCAGUCAUCUAAAACGUCCCAGGAUAAGAAAAAAUGGCAAGGAAUCUCCACCUGAAACUUCCAAAGGAGUUGAGGAAAAUGCUCCUUGUGUGUCAGAAAGCAGGGUGGAACUUCCUGCCCACACAUCUGAAAGCUCUGAAGACUUAAUAGAAAUACCUGAGGACAAUAUUGUUGAGAAGGAUGGGGAAACGAUUGUUGAAAAUGAGGGCCAGUCUGCAUCAGAAGCAGAGCUACAUGUGUCACCCCCUGAGAAACAGAGUGAGAAGGAGGAAACUCCAUCAGAACCUCUUAAUGGUGAGGUAACAGAGGAAACUGGUAAGACCUCACUUACGGCUGAAGAGGAAACAGCAAAUGAAGUUCUAAGUGGUGAAUUGAAAUUACAAUCUGAGAGUCAAGGAGAAGAACCCUUAACACUGUUUGUUCCGUUAAUCCUUGAGCCUCCGGCAAAACCUGCAGAAGACACUGUAUCAGAGAAGGUUAUAAAUGCAAAUGAUUCAGAAGAGCUGACCGAAGAAAGUACAUUUGUAGAGGAGAGCACUGAAGAAGAGCAAGAAUCUGAAAAGUCUGUAAUUGAAAAUGCACCACCUCCAGCAUCAAAGGAAGAGCCCUCUGACAAUGGCCUGCCCAACUCUGUGGUAAAUGAAGCAGCAGAAGAAUCUGUUUCUGAAAACGUAUCCCCCAAAACGGCUUCCUCAUUGGAAGAUCAAAAUGAGGAAGCAGGGCAAAACUCACAGGAGCCCCCCGUUGCCUUGAAUCAGAGCUCUUUGAUAGUGGUUGAAUUUGAGGGUGUUUCUUUUCAGCAGCCUUUGGGACCGGAAGGACAGAAAAGCCAGUUGGAAGAGCACUCAGAAGAGUCUGUUGAGCAGAUGGAUCAGUACACACAGACAACUGCGGAGCGGGCUGCUGACAGCAGCUCUGAGGAAGCAGAAAUUGAGGUACCCAUCGUAGAUCGGAGAAACUUGCGAAGAAAGGCCAAAGGCUACAAAGGCCCACCCAAGAAAAAAGGAAAGCCAGCUUAAAAAUGAAAUAUUGAUUGAUAAUUCAUCUAUUUAUAAGAAAGUUAUUAUCUUGUGUAAAACACUGGGGUGUAACUUAACCAUAUAGGACACAGGACACAUGCUUAAAAUUUUGGGUUGGACUCCCUCUUGAGAUUCACCUUUCCUCAAGCCUUCUUGAAUUUUUAACCACUAGACAUUGAGCUUCAUCAGAGUAUGAAAGUAAACAGCCAGUCUCCUCCUUUUAUAAACCAUACCUGCUGAAUAAACACAGUUGUGCUAGCAAAGCCAACAGUUUGCAUAUUUGAGGUGGCAGUUGUGGAAGAAAAAUGCAGCCUGAAAUCCUGGCCUUAUCAAGGUCCCCGAAAUUCCCAUAAGGCUUCCAUGAGGCCAGAUACCACUCUUAGCACUUUUUAACUACCCUUGUGUUCUCUACUGUAGAGAGAAGCAGAACAAGAAAAAUCCUUGCUUGCUUCUUGUUCCCUCCCCAUAUAUUUUUUCCCGGGUGAGAUUAAAAGAAUGUAAGAUUCUGUAAUUCUAGGUCUCAAAAUACACAAGAAGGUGUAACUCAGUAGAUCAAAACAACAUGAGCAGCAUCGGUCUUUUCAUAAGAGUCGCUUGAAACAGAUGAGUCAGUAGAAGCAUGGUCAGCUCAGCGUCUCCGUAGUGCACUCUGCAAUGAAGUUCUUCACGGGAGAUCAAGAGAUGCCUCUACAGUAAACUGUUUGUAGCUUCCAAAGCGAGCAUCUCGAUAAGCCUGUUUUGUCUUUUUUCCAGAGUGUAUGAAGUGUACGCUCCAGUACCUAUACAGAACUGUUUGAACUGCCUUGCUGACUACUUGCAUGUGUUGAGUGGAUACCUGAUUACUUGUUCUGUUCCAGAAAAUAGAUAUGACAACUUUGGAUGUCAUUUUGGUCUGAAUGGAAGUGGUGCUUUGUGUGUUCCAAAUCCUUGGCUGGUUCUGUGGGGUAACUAUUAAAACAUUGUGGCUGCCAGGUGUGUGACUCAUUUGAGUGCUGGCAUUUCAGGUGGUUGUGACAUUCAUUAGUGUGAAUAUUAGUGGGUGUUUCAGCAAAUGCUUGUUUGCCAAACUUUUAUGCCUUUAGGAGUUAGCAGGGGAUUGCUUGCAAAUACUUCUGAUUCCCACUUUUUCUAACUUGGGUGCAGUUCCUGGGAUGAUAACUUCCCAGUUUGUAGCUUUUCUUAAAAUGCAGCAACCAACCUUUGUUGUAUGCAAACAGAAAACCAGGCUUUUUAUGCAUGUUUCCCUUCAGUGGUUCUCCUGGAAAAUCAUAUUUUAUUUGUCACAUGUACAUUAAGUUACUCCUCAGUUUGUGUUUUUCUUUCAAUAAAUGAAGCUACUCUCAUAAUGGGUUGAAAACUCAGGAAUAAGAAAGAACAAUGGUUCUAAGACAAGGAAAUCACAGCACUGUUUGUCCUGUUACAUGCUUUUUUUCAAGAUGAGUGAACUAGUCUCCCAUGGUGUCUCAAAACUGCUGUUCAGGAUUUCCAAGUACAAGGUUCACUUGAAUAGCUGCAAUGAUGUCUGAACUCUUAUUCGUCUGUGAAGCUGAUGUGAGAAUCUGGUUUUCGAUAUUAUGCUUAUACACUUUAACUGUGCUUUCUAAGAUAUUUUAACUGUGUAAGAUAACAUUUGUACUAUCUCUUUCAGCUGAUGAAGUACUAUGCUCUGUUUUAAUCUGUUAAGAGCAGCUUAUAGAGAAAAGAAGAAAAAAAGAAAAGCAGUUGUUAAGAAUUGUGUAACACCUAAACUUUAGAUUCACAGUGCACAGGAUUACUGAGUUAAAUGUAGGAGUUUUGAGCUAUUGCACAUAGGUAUGAGUUCCUAUCAAUAUACAUAUAGGUACUCCUUAUGAACCCUAUGGCUGGUAAAUGUACAAGGUCUUUCAUAAUUCUUGUAAACAUAUUCAAGUGAACCCUUAGCAUUUCUAAAACUAAUCAAGUAUUUUCUAUAAAGCACAUGAGACAAAACUUUUAUCUACUGUAUGGCUUCAUUUUUACUACUAAGAUUCAUUGUGAGAAAAGAAAAGAGUGGCUAGAAAACGCAUCAGUUGCACUGCUAAGAAUUUGGGAACUGAGGGCUGGUGGCAUAAAAAGUGGUUGUUUUCAGUAUAUUCUGAUUAAUCUUGCAUUUUUAGGGCAGGCUUUAAUUAAGAUUAAUCUGCUGAAUACUUCAAUUGAUACAAAUUUAUCCACUUUCAAAAAGUCAACGACUAUUUUGCUUAUGAAAAGUGAGUCCCAGUUAUUUCAAUUACUUCUGGGGGAUUUUUUGAUACAUAUGUUUAUUGCUUGUAUUCCCUGUGAGGUCAGAAAACAGUGUUUGUGUGAAGGUAAUGUCACUCAUCUGGCUUUCACUUUUCAUGGUUAAGUUGGAACCGAUUGCAAUUACUAUCUUUCCUUUUAAGAGGCUUGCAUAUUAAAUGCAUAAAUAUUACAAGAAGAUUAUCAGAUUAUGUCAGUCUUGGUUUCUAUUGAGAACAACCAGAUUUCUGAUCUUAUUUCCGUGAAUCAAUUGUAAAUACUGAACUUAAAUUCACAUCGCAAAGUAUACUCUUGAGUAGAUACCUCUGUAAAUCUGAAGUACCUGAGAUAGUAGCAAUGGCCAGACUGAAGUACAGAAUGUGGGCAGUUGGGGUGCAUUCAGCAGUUCGGUUAACUAGUACAGUCCUGAGAACUGGAUAUUGUUUUAACUGUGAUUGCAGCAGUACUUUGAAAUAAAGGGCACAGUUUAUUUCUGCAACAACUUCUUUGGCAUGAGUCAUCUUGCAGUAAAUGCAGAGUAGCAAAAUCAAAAUACUGACUUUAAGUAAUAGUUUUUAUUGCUGUACUGAUGUCCCAUUGGAACAGUAGUUUAAUGGUCUAUACCUUCUGUUAUAUUAAUGCAAGGGAACAUAUCUGACAGCUGUAUUGACUGAAGUGUUUUACCUUGGGGAAAAUCAGUGUUUUCUAGGCUUGGACAAUUUUUUUUUUGGUCUGUUAACUGUCUGUCUUAUUACCAUCAAACUCUUAAAGAAUUUUUAAGAUCUUAUUGCACCAGCAACCAAUGAUUAAAACCUCAACUUCAUACAAGUUUGUACCAAAUGCUAUUACAACAUGCUGUGGAACAUGUGUACAGUGAAAGCAAGCAGUAUUAUUUUUGAGCUUUAUUUAGUCUAGGAAUAGAGUUUCAAGAAUAUUAAUUUGUGGCUUCAGCUUUGCACUUAAAUGGUAAAUGGUUUUGUAUUUGAAUCCAACAUUUGUUCAAAUGUUUCUCUUGUACUGCUUGUUAACUUUUAACAGGAUUUGCUUUGCAUCUCCCACAAUUCUCUUUUGGUCUGCUUUCAUUUCAUGCAAAAUUCUUGUUUGCUGUUCUCAUGUUUUAUAGUCCUUUACACAAAAAUGUAUACAUCUUACUUCAAAAGUGUUGUCAACUGACUUGAAAUAAUGUCUGACCUUGGUUUGUUGCUUUUUUUAAUACCAUUUCAUUUGUAGAUACCAGUAAUCAAAUUGAUCAUUUACAGUGUCAUCACCACUACUAAGUUAAACAUAGCAACAAAUAGGUAUAAGUUUCAGCUUCUCCGCUUUAAGUGGCCAUUCUAAAAAAAAAAAAAAUUUCCAAGAGGAUAUACUUCUAAAUUUAUUUUCACAAAUGUGUUAGAUGUUUUUUAAACCAGUGAUACCCUGUUUAUAAAUCUUAUGAAGGAUGUGUUGCUGUUCUAGAAUAUUGUACUGCAGUCUUGCUACAGUGUUAGUUUUUCCUUUUGUAGUGCUGUCUUCACUGCUUUUGAAAUGUUUGAAGUAGCAAUUAAACUUAUAUUUUGUGAUUAGGUUUUUCUUUUUCUUGGUUUUCAGUCUUUGAGUUCUUUCUGCUAUACAGGAGGCAUGUUUUAAAGUGAUCCUAGAUCUAGCAUCAUCCUACAAUCGGUCUGCUACCAAGGAGCUUUAAAAGCUGAAAGAUGAUUAAUUAAGAAAUUAAAGUUUGCUACAGACAAGCCAACUAGAAAUGCAGUAAUGCACUCCCUACAGUGUGGUAUAUUAAAAUGUCUGAAGUAGAACAA